AUGGGGGUGGAGGAGAAGAAAGUCCUGGCGGUUGAGAGGCGAGGGCUGGGAAGAUUUAAAGGAUAUGGCAGCAGGGAGGGGCAGCCUGGGCACGACGAGGGCGGACAGCGGCAGCCGCAGCGCCGUGAGGGGCGCCGUGAGGGGCGCCGUGAGGGGCGCGGGCCCGGCGCCGCGGAGCGGAGCGGGGUGGGGCGGCAGCGCCCGCGGCCAGUGAGGAGGAUCCACGCUGCAGGAAGCGGGAGGAGGCGGCUACGAGCUCCGCCCGCCCGGAGCGGCCCGGGACAGCCCGGAGCGGCCCGGGACACGGCCGCUGCCCGCCGCUGCGGUGGCCGGGGCCGGGAGGAAGCGGCCGUGCGGCGGCGCCGCCGUGCGGCUGCUUACCAUGUGAGAUAUAGCAGAGACCCUGAAGUGCCUUCUGGCUUAGGGUUCACAGACACGUACUCCCCUGACCCUGCUGCCAGGACCUUGGGCUCUGUUCAUUCCCAGCUGCGACACUUGGCUGCCUGGAACCCAGUGCUGAUAAGACCCCAGCAUGCACAGCAUGACUGUGAUGCUGGGUCCUGCCACCCAGCCCUUGGGGACCUUCUCCAGGGCCGCAGCAAGCAACUGACAGCCACGUCAACCUGUGGGAUGAACAGCCCUCAGAAGUACUGCAUUAUAGGCUACCUAGAGGCUGAAGAGAAGUGCUUUCUCUGUGAUUCCAGAUACCCAUAUAAUCCGUAUACCCAGCACAACAGUCACAUGGUCGAAAAUGUUAUUACAACAUUUGAGCCCAAAAGGAAAAAGAAGUGGUGGCAGUCAGAAAAUGGCAUUGACCAUGUCAGCAUUAGAUUGGACCUAGAAACUUUAUUCCAAUUCAGCCAUCUUAUCCUGACCUUUAAGACAUUUCGGCCUGCAGCAAUGCUGGUUGAACGCUCUACUGAUUUUGGUCAGACCUGGAAAGUGUUUAGAUAUUUUGCACAUGACUGUGCAGCUUCUUUCCCCAACAUCUCUUCUGGUCCAGCAAAAAGUGUUGGAGAUGUUAUUUGUGAUUCAAGAUAUUCAGACAUUGAGCCCUCCACUGAAGGCGAGGUUGUUUUAAAAGCUUUGGAUCCCAGCUUUGAAAUAGAAAAUCCCUAUGUGCCAUAUAUCCAAGAUCUCAUUACAUUGACAAACCUAAGGAUCAAUUUUACUAAACUCCACACUCUUGGAGAUGCUCUGCUUGGGAGGAGGCACAGUGAUCCCCUUGAGAAGUACUACUAUGCCAUCUAUGAGAUGGUUGUGCAGGGCAGCUGCUUUUGCAAUGGCCAUGCCAGCCAGUGUGAUUCCAUGCAGAACUUACGGGGAGAUGUUUUCCAUCAGUCUGGGAUGGUCCAUGGGAGAUGUAUCUGCCACCAUAACACUGAAGGUUUCUCUUGUGAAAGAUGUAAAGAUUUCUACAAUGAUGCUCCCUGGAGGCCAGCUGAAGGGACACAAGAUAAUGCUUGCAAACGUUGUAACUGCAACAGCCACUCCAGCAGAUGCCACUUUGACAUGGCCGUGUACCAGGCCAGCGGUGGGGUCAGCGGCGGCGUUUGUGAGGACUGCCAGGACAACACCACCGGCCAGCACUGUGACAGGUGCAAACCUUCCUUUUACCAGGAUCCACUCAAAGACAUCUCAGAUCCUUGGCCGUGCCUCCCAUGCAGCUGUGACCCCGAGGGUUCCCUGCACGAGGCCGUGUGCGAGAGCCGCACGGACCCCACGCUGGGGACGGUCGCGGGCCGGUGCCCCUGCAAGGAGAACGUGGAGGGCGCUCGCUGCGACAAGUGCAAGGCAAACUACUACGGGCUGAGCAGCAGCGACCCCCUGGGCUGCCAGCCCUGCAACUGUGAUCCCUUGGGCAGCUUGCCCUUCUCCGUCUGCAAUCCUGCCACGGGAGAGUGCCUCUGCCAGAGGUUCACCACAGGGCAGCGCUGUGAAAAAUGCCUUGCAGGAUACUGGGGUCUUGGCAACAACUUGUAUGGCUGUUCUCCAUGCGACUGUGAUAUUGGUGGAUCCCAGAAUAACUUGUGCUCACUGAAGGAUGGUCAGUGCGAGUGUCUGCCCAACAUCGUGAGCCGCCAGUGCAACGAGCCAGCUCCAGGAUACUUCUUUCUACCCCUGGACUAUUACAUUUAUGAAGCUGAGCAUGCAAAGCCCCUUUCUGGCUCUGCACCCUUGGGUGCGAUGCAGUUUGGACAGGACUCAGAUUUGGCAGUGGUGUUCCGGCAGCCCAGCGCUGGUCGGGCUGUCACAUGGACAGGACAUGGCUUCGCCCGCGUUCCCAGUGGAGCUGGGCUGAGAUUUGCCAUCAGCAAUGUUCCCUUUGCUAUGGACUUUGAUAUCACAGUUCGUUAUGAGCCUGAGUUCUUGGAAGACUGGCUUGCAAGUGUUGCCAUCCAGCCUGCUGGUAUAUUGUCAGGUCAACACUGCAAAAACAAGGUCCUUUCACAUGAACCACAUGAGUUGCCUCUCCCAGCUACAAAGAGGAUUGCAAUUCUGCAAACUCCAGUCUGUCUGGAGCCAGGAACAGAAUAUUUUGUGGAUGUGUAUUUUUCUCACCUCUCUGCCUCUGACAAAAAUGCAAAAUCAUUCAUCUUGAUUGACUCACUUGGACUUAUUCCCAGAAUUGGCUCUGUGGAGAACUUAUGCAGUGAAAAGGAUCUAGAUGAGUACCAGAAGUAUCACUGUAUUGAAAUUGCAUCCGAAGUUGGGCCUCACGUCCUGCCCGAAGCAUGCGCACGGCUCAUAGUGAGCUUGUCAGCCCGAAUUCACAACGGCGCCGUCGCAUGCAAGUGCAAUCCCCAGGGGUCGCUGAAUGCCAGCUGUAGUAAACUGGGGGGCCAGUGUCAUUGCAAAGCCAACAUCGUGGGACGCUGCUGUGACACCUGCUCUGCAGGCAGCUAUGGCUUUGGCUUCCACGGCUGCUACGCGUGCGAGUGCCACCCACAAGGCUCGCUGAGCACGCUGUGUGACCAGGUGACGGGGCAGUGCUCCUGCCGCCGGGAGGUGGGUGGCCAGCGCUGCAGCCGCUGCCUGGCUGGGUACUUUGGGUUUCCCCACUGCCGUCCCUGCCCUUGCAAUGGCCACGCGGAGCUGUGCGACCCUCUGACCGGAGAGUGCCUCAACUGCCGCGGGUUUACUGCUGGGAGCCGCUGUGAGAGGUGCAUGGAUGGCUAUUAUGGAAACCCUCUGGAUGGAGAACCCUGCCACCCAUGCAUGUGCCCAGGGCCACCUACAAGCAAUAGGUAUUUUGCACAUUCCUGUUACCAGGACUCCCAAUCCACACAGCUUGUCUGUAAUUGUCUCGAGGGAUAUUCAGGCAAACAGUGUGACAAAUGUCCUAGUGGGUUCUACAAAAACCUCAGCAGCCCUGGGCUUGACUGUGCACCAUGUCCCUGUAAUAACAACAUUAAUUUGACAGACCCAGAGUCCUGUAACAGGGUCACUGGGGAAUGCACCAAGUGUUUACACAACACCCAUGGAGCAAACUGCCAGUUCUGCAAACCAGGUUAUUUUGGCUCAGCCCUCAAUCAAAGCUGUCAAAUCUGCACGUGCAAUCUGGCAGGGGUUCACCCUGCCAUGUGCCCAGGGGGGGACGCAGCCUGCCUGUGUGACCCAGCCACAGGAGCUUGUCCUUGCCUGCCCAAUGUGCUGGGUGCCACGUGUGACCAGUGUGCCUCUGGCUACUGGGACCUGGCUAGUGGAAAAGGAUGUCAGACCUGUGACUGUGAUCCAAAAAACUCCCAAAGCAACCAGUGCAACCAACUUACAGGCCAGUGUCCAUGUAAGCCAGGCUACAGUGGAAGAUUCUGUAAUGAAUGUGAGGAAAACUACUUCGGCAAUCCCCAGAUGCAUUGCGUUUCAUGUGAGUGUAACCUGGAGGGGACCCGGCAGCCCACGUGUGACAAAGCCACCGGCGCAUGUAACUGCCGUGCUGGUGUCACCGGCCGGCUCUGCGACCAGUGCAGCCGCGGCUUUCAGAAGGACUUUCCCUCCUGCACUCAGUGUCAUCUUUGUUUUGAUCAGUGGGACACUGAAAUUGCUGCUCUUGCUCAGAGUGUGCAGGGGUUAAUGAGGUUUGCAGCAAAGCUGGAAGAUAAAGGAGGACGAAUGCCCAGCUGUGACAUGCGCUUCAAAGCCUUUGAAGAUGCCAUUUCUGAAACUGAACGCGUUUUGAGACAUCCUGUCCUUUCACUGGAGGCCUUUUCAGUCAUCAGGGAUUUUCAGGGCUACCUUCAACAAAAAGUUGCACAGAUGGCUCCCCAUUUGCCCUUUGAGUUUCCUGACCUUAACAAGAGCAUAGAAGAUAUUGUAGAAGAAGCCAACCUAGUGUUUGAACUUCUACAACAAAAAAUACAUCUGCAUCAAAGUUUUCAGUACUUGAACUUCAAAGAGGCCAUCAGCAACAUUAGGAAACACUCUGAAGUAUCACUGCUGGCAGAACAGAUGACCAGGAGGACAACCCCUAUUGUAAGACACUCAGAGUACACCAGGAGCGACACACUCACUAUGUUCGACCAUCAAGUCUUAAACACAAGCAUGGUGCUACAACAGCUCAGAAUGAUCAAAAGCCCUGACAUCCAAAACUUAAAUGAAAAGAUCUGUGGUGUUCCAGGAAACCAGCCAUGUGUCACAGCAGCCUGUGGGGGAGCUUUGUGCCAGGACAGUCAUGGACUAAGGAAGUGUGGUGGCCCAGACUGCACUGGAGCUCUUCCUUUCUCCUCUGAGGCCUUCAGGAAAGCUGAGGAGACUGCUGUGUUGCUAAAUAACUUGACUACUCAGCUACAGGAACCUGGGAAUCAGGUUAAAAGCAUUAGAAAAAUGGCAGAAGACAGCAAACUGAAAGGCUCACGAUUUAAUGGACAACUGGUGACAGCUAUGAAUCAAAUUGAAGCUGAUGGAGAGACCACUAAGGAGUUCAUCCAAAAAGUGAAAAACUUCUUGUUAGAUGAGAGUGCACCUCCAGAAGACAUUGAGAAGGUGGCAAAUUAUGUUCUGCAAAUAAACCUUCCCCUGACUCCACAAGAGCUCACAGGCAUGUUUGGCAAACUCCAAAGCAUUUUGAACCACUGUGAGAAGUACAAACUAGAUAAUAAGAGAAACACAAAAAGGGAGGAUGCUCAGACACUGCUGGUGGAGGCACAAGAAGCUGACAAAGCAGCUAAAGCUCUUCUACCAGUGGAUGAAAUUAAUAAUAAACUAAAAAAUAUUGUGAAGUCCCAAGGACACUCCAAAAACACCAUCAUAAAGCUAAAUGAAGAGAUACAAGGCAUUAGAACACAAACCUCUCAGGCUGAGAAGCAAGUGAACAAGACAAACGAUAAACUAAAUGACUUGUUAGUUAAACAGACUGAGAUGGAAGAUGAAAGUGCCACAUGGCAGGCAAAAACGCUGAUGAACAAGAUUCAAGCUACAAAGGCAAGAGCAGAGGCAGAAGCAGCUCACAAGCAAGCCCAGAAAACUGAUAAUGAAUUUACUGAUGUUAAAAGAAAGUACACCAUUCUUCAAGAAAAGCUAAAAACCCAAGGACCUCCAAAAGUAACACUAGAAAAAGUGAAGCAGUUGAAAGAAGAAGCAGAAAAACUGGCUGAAGAAACUGAAAAGAAGAUAAAAAGAAUAACAGAUUUGGAGAAGAAGCUUCAGGAACUGAAUCAAACCAAACAAGAUAAGGCAGAGCAACUGAGACAACUAGAAGAACAAGUGAUAGCCAUUAAAAAUGAAAUUAUGGAGCAGGAAAGCAAGUAUGCAACAUGCAAGAGUUAGGGUCUGAACAGACCAUCAGGUAAAAGGAAGCUGAAAUCACCAUGAUUACCACAUCCUAAGAAUCCUGGCACAGGCCACUCUCCUCUGGAAAUAUAUCUGAAAUGGCCUAGUGAAUAAUACAAUUUUAUCUUUUUCUCUUUUUCUUCUUUUGCCCAGUUGAGUUUAUAUGGAAAUAGGAAAUUCUUUGUAAUAAACCAUCUGAUUUAGUAAUCAGGUGUAGUCUUUGAGGGAGCUGUACAAUAUACUCCUGUGCAAAGCUUCUUGUGCUGGGAGGGUUGGAAAUGCAAAAGGAGGAUUGCUCAGAGAGCUGCUGGUAGCUGUCUCUGUAAAGACAGACUCCCAACACAUGGUGUCUUCUGCCAACCCCUAAAAACCGUGGCUGUGCCAUGGCCCUGCA